GGCGGCGGCUCGGCCAUGGACCCCGCCUCGUCCACCACCUCCAAGGCCAAGAAGACCAACGCCGGGAUCCGCCGGCCGGAGAAGCCGCCCUACUCCUACAUCGCCCUGAUCGUCAUGGCCAUCCAGAGCUCGCCCACCAAGCGGCUGACCCUCAGCGAGAUCUACCAGUUCCUGCAGAGCCGCUUCCCCUUCUUCCGCGGCUCCUACCAGGGCUGGAAGAACUCGGUGCGCCACAACCUCUCGCUCAACGAGUGCUUCAUCAAGCUGCCCAAGGGCCUCGGCCGCCCGGGCAAGGGCCACUACUGGACCAUCGACCCGGCCAGCGAGUUCAUGUUCGAGGAGGGCUCGUUCCGCCGCCGGCCCCGCGGCUUCAGGAGGAAAUGCCAGGCGCUCAAGCCCAUGUACAGCAUGAUGAACGGGCUGGGCUUCAACCACCUCCCGGACACCUACGGCUUCCAGGGCUCGGCCGGGGGCAUCUCCUGCCCGCCCAACAGCCUGGCCCUGGAAGGGGGCAUCGGCAUGAUGAACGGCCACUUGCCGGGCAACGUGGACGGCAUGGGCUUGGCCGGACACUCCGUGCCUCACCUGCCCGCCAACGGGGGUCACUCGUACAUGGGCAGCUGCGCGGGCUCGGCCGGCGCCGACUACCCGCACCACGAGAGCUCGGUGCCCGCCUCCCCGCUGCUGGCCGGCGGCGGGGUCAUGGAGCCUCACUCCGUCUACUCGGGUUCCGCCUCCGCCUGGCCGCCCUCCGCCUCGGCCGCCCUCAACAGCGGCGCCUCCUACAUCAAGCAGCAGCCCCUGUCCCCCUGCAACCCCGCCGCCAACCCCCUCUCGUCCAGCCUCUCCACGCACUCCCUGGACCAGCCCUACCUGCACCAGAACAGCCACAACACCGCCGCCGAGCUGCAGGGUAUCCCCCGGUAUCACUCCCAGUCCCCUAGCAUGUGCGACCGAAAGGAGUUCGUCUUCUCUUUCAACGCCAUGGCUUCCUCCUCGAUGCAUUCGGCGAGCAGCGGAUCUUACUAUCACCAACAAGUGACCUACCAGGACAUCAAGCCUUGUGUGAUGUGAUGACGGAGGGAGCCCUGCGGGGACCCAAUCGCGACACAAAACGGCCCUGCGGUGAAGCCGGGGGGGGCCUCCGACCGAACACUAGACGAGAAACGAUUUAUUCUUGAGGUAUAAGCCAUCCGCAUAGGGAAAUAAUCGGACCCUUUGGGCAAGGCGAACACGAGCUCGACCAAUAAUGAUCCAGGGCUGUGGCGAACACUGAUAUUAGGGCUCCCCUCUCCCCCAGUCUUCAUUUCGGUAUCGAUUGGGAUAUCUAAACCAACUGCAAAAAUCCAAGAAACGGUUGUUGAACCGAGCCCGCCCCGCUGGGCCCAGACGGGAAGGUGCUGUGUUCGGGGACACCCCCAACCCCGAAUUCUGCUGAUUUUUUUUAAACCCUUUUCUCUGACCACCUUUGGAGGAAGAGGGAAAGAAAGAAACAAGGAAAGAAAGA